CUGUGUGUGGAUAGCUAGGAUAGCACAAGAAAAGCUUUCUUUCAGUAUAACGGCUAAGCUAAUUCAGAAUUAUAAGCUAGCAUCCUUUCUGCUCCCCUCUGUUUAUAGCAGACUGCCCAGUUUUCUGUUGCCCACACAGGUUUACCUUACCAUAACCUUAACUUAACCCGGGUGUUCGUGCAUAUAAAUGAGGAAUAAACACGCUUACAACGUCUUCAUUAAGUAGUAUGGUGUGCAUUAUGUUGACAUUUAGUAUCCUGUUUGCUUUGGAGGACUAAGUUAACUACCUUGUGAAGAUAAACCCCACAUGAGGACAGCUGCAGGGAUGGCUCUGGAGCAGCUCAGUGAUGUGGUCCAGAGAUGUCAAGCCCUCCCUGAUGACAGCUACACCACCGAGGAUCAUGACGUCUUCACGAUUGCUGGGCGGGCCUGCAUCGAGGAGGGGAACACAGCACAGGUCCUCAGCAUAGUCCUGGAUGAAAAGAAUCAGGACAUAGUGAGAUGUAUGGGUUGGAAUCUGCUGCCUCCCCUGAUUCAGGUUCUGCUGAAGAAAGAAGACAAGAACCUUUCUCAUUGCCUGGCCGUUUUCAACCACCUGCUACAGACGUGCAGACCCAAAGAGCUUCUGAUUGGCUUGUUGGAACAGCUGGAGCAGGAUGACCCUGACACCAUAGCAGAGAGCCUCCAUCUGCUGUUGAACCCUCUACAGAAAGUGCUGCUGUGUCUGGGCAGCCGUAAGGCGUCGUCACUGGGCAUGACCCUGUCCUCUGUGCUGGACCAGGUGGCCAAACUGCCUCUACCUCACACCAAGGAGCAAGAGGAGGAUGACGUCUUUUCGCUUUGUCGCUGCUGCGCCGAGCUGUCAGACUUUGUCAGACCCUUUGUCGGCGAGGCCAGGCAAAGCCUCGUGAACAGUAAGGAAGAAAAUGUGAGCACAAACAAGAUGGCGUGUGGACAGGACAGGGGUAAAGAGGACGAGCUGCAGACAGAACUGCUAAAGUUCUGUAUGAAGUCUCUGAGUCGCCCUCUGCUGGAGGUACAACUCAAAGAUCCUGAGACACUUGCUGUGUCUCCCCUCAGGAAUUUUGCCACAGACAUUCUGAACACCCUCAGUUCUAUCGGAGAGUCCCUCCCCAGUCUUGUGUACCAGCCUCUGUUGAAGAGAAAACUGGUUCCAGGCUUUCUGGAGGAGGAGGUGCGUUAUCCUAAAGAGUCUUUGGCCAGCCUGGCUCACUUAGUGUUUGUCCAUCACCUGGCUGCAGAUACAUUCCCAAGUAUUUUCAGCCCUGUGUUCUGUCUUCGGUGUAAUAUGGAGCACACCUGCCUCCUCCUGUCCAGAACUGAGGAGUCCAGGAUUCAGAAAGGCCUGGAGCUGUACGAAAAGAGUCUGGUGCGGGUGGAGGAUGGCAGUCUCCCUGCAGAUCUGCUAGAGAUCAAAACCUUCCUCACAGUCCCUCAGAACUUGGUGAAAGUCAUGACGAUAUGUCCGAGGCAUGAUUUGAGAACCAGGGGUCUGAAGGUGUUCCAGCUGAGCAUUGAUAAGUUUGACACUGAGGCCAAGUACAAUUUCUUCCAGUACAUGCUGAAAACAAGUAACCACUCGGGAGUCGAAGGUUACGUCAUCAAAAACAUCAAGAAUCAGAUAGACGUGGCCCUGCAGCCAGGUAACAAUAACGCCUGGUUUGAGGGAGUUCACCUACUGCCUUUGCUGCGUAAAGUUCUCAGUUUGCCAGACGGCCCAGAGACCGACCUCCUGCAGUACCUGGACAGGAUAAUGGAGUCUCUGAACCUGCUGCGGUACCUCGUCAUCAGAGACAAAGUGACAGAGAACCAGACAGGGAUCUGGACGGAGCUGUAUAAAAUAGAAGAUACGUUCAUAAAGCCGCUACGUGUUGGGGUGAACAUGUCAAGAGCUCACUAUGAGAGGGAGCUCCACAGCACCAUGGAAACCAAGAAGAGCAAGGCUAAAGAGGAGCCGGUGCUCUCUGUGUCCGUUGGUGACAAGAAGCUGCCGAACGUGACAUCAGAGUCACAGAUUCAGGCUCUGCACUCAGCCCUGCAUACGUUUGACAUGAUUGAGAGCGUGUUGGUGCGAAUAGAGGAACUCGUGGAGGUGAAGGACAAUCUCUAGACCGAGAGCACAGGAGUUCUUCUACCAGAAAUCCUCAUCAUCUCAGGGCCAAGCAAACUAAAACAAAGCCUUCACCUGUUCUGUUGCUGAAUGUUGUUAAAAGAAAGAGCAGUCGUGGGUACAUUUUUUUCAAACCAUAAGCCAAUCGUGCACUGCUAGUGUUUUUUGUUUUCAUAUUUCAAGUUGUUUUGAGCAGGUCUGCUGGUAUUUAGAACUAAGUAUGACUUGAAUCUGUUGCAUACAGCGUCUAUAAAACAUCCAAAUUGUGGCUGGGAAGGUUCCCUUCUGUAAUACAUUUUCAAACUUUUGUACACACGCAUUAAAUAAUGUGCUGUACUGUU